ACCCAAUCAGCAGCCUUCUCCUCACACACACCAAAUGAGUCAAUUACUGCACAAUAGCGCGCUUUAAAACUUUGCACACGCGCGGGACGGCGGGGGCGCGCACGCACGGGGAGCCACCUGAAAUCCCAUCUUUCAUGUGACACUGGAAACAUGCUGACAGCAAGAGUGUCCCUGAUCCCGGCUCUGCGACAAUGUCCCGGCCUCAGAGGAGGAUGCAUGGCCGAACUGACCUGUUGGUAUUCCUCUGAUAACAGAGAGAGCAGCUGGCUUCGCUCACUGUUUGUGCGGAAAGUGGAUCCUCGCAAAGAUGCGCAUUCAACUUUGCUUUCUAAGCAGGAGACCAGUGGACUGUACAAAAUUCAAUUUCAUAAUGUAAAACCAGAAUGUUUGGAUGCUUAUAACCAGCUGACAGAAGAGGUCCUACCCAAGCUGCACCAGGAUCCAGAUUACCCAUGUGAUCUGGUGGGUAAUUGGAACACAUGGUAUGGGGAGCAAGACCAAGCAGUUCAUCUAUGGCGAUUCUCUGGGGGAUAUCCUGCUCUCGUGGACAGUAUGAAUAAGUUAAGAAAUAACAAGGAAUACCUGGCUUUCCGUGAGGAGCGUAGCCACAUGCUGCUCUCCCGCAGAAACCAGCUUCUUCUUGAGUUCAGCUUCUGGAAUGAACCAGUGCCUCGCAAGGGACCCAACAUAUAUGAAUUACGCACAUACAGGUUAAAGCCAGGAACAAUGAUUGAAUGGGGAAAUAACUGGGCUCGUGCUAUAAAGUAUCGUCAGGAGAAUCAGGAGGCUGUUGGAGGAUUUUUUUCUCAGAUUGGAGAGUUAUAUGUGGUGCAUCACCUCUGGGCUUACAAAGAUCUACAGUCUAGAGAAGAAACUAGGAAAUCCGCAUGGACCAAACGAGGAUGGGAUGAAAAUGUGUAUUACACAGUUCCCCUUGUCCGGAACAUGGAGUCCCGUAUUAUGAUUCCUCUCAAGAUCUCUCCCCUCCAGUGAUGUCUCUUCCUCCACCCUGACCAAAAAAACUUCAUAGCGAUUCCUGUACUUUGAAUUGUAAAGGGCAGUGCACCUCAUUUCCA